AAAACCCCACGCCCAAAACACUUCACCCCCAAAAACCCCUAAGCAAACAAAAAAACCGCGCACAAGAAACCUCACAGUGAUAGCUCUCUGCUCUCCAUUUUCACCGUUCACCGGAGCAAAGAAAACAACAGAACCAUGGACCUGGACGACUUCGACAAGCCGAGCCAGGUUGCUGCUCGGCCCAGCAGAUUCGUGCCCCGGUCCUCCAAGGCCAAGCCGAAACCGAAAUCCGAACCCGUCGUCAAACAAGAGCCUCCGAAACCGGUUCCCGAGCCCGAACCCGAAAAGCCAGGGCUGAAACCUAAACCAGAAGAACUGGAUGCCCUGCUUGCGGAAAAGAAAGAAGAAGAAGGAACCGAUGGCGCGCCCAAAAACGAAGAUUCAAAUGGCGGGUUGAAAAUGGAAACCGAUGAAGAACCAAAAGAUGACGACCCUAUGGAAGAAGACGAUGUCGAAGACGCAGUUGUGCGUGAAAUCGACGUAUUCUUCAAUCCUCAUAUCGAUGACAACUCUCUGUUGUAUGUAUUGCAAUAUCCUCUGAGGCCAUGGUGGCGACCGUAUGAGUUGGAGAACCGGUGCGAGGAGGUGAGGCUUAAGCCUGCCACUUCAGAAAUGGAGAUUGAUUUGUCUCUUAAUCUUGACCCUAAGAAUUACGACGAAGAUUGCGGUAACAGACUUAAAAUGACUAAGCAGACUUUGUAUACAACAUGGAAGCCAACUCGCACAACUGGAACUGGCUAUGCUGUUGGGGUUUUGAUGGGUGAUAAGUUACACUUGAAUCCUAUUGAUAAAGUUGUGCAGCUCCGACCGUCACUGGAACAUUUGAAGUCUGGUUCUUCAAGAAGGAAGAACAGUGUCACAGGGGAUGCAGAAGUUAAAGUUAAAUUAGAGGAGUCUAGACAAGAAACAUCUUCGGGUCCAUCGAAGAAGCAGACCAAGCGGAUGGAGUCUUCAACUGAGAAAAAAACGGAAGAUGAAGAGAGUUGGGUUCCACUUCAGUAUCAUUCCUCAGAAAGUGAUUUUUCGGCCAAAUAUUUACGAAGGAUGGUAGGACAAGAAAGUUCUCCUAUACAGUUUACUAUGAGCCCGUAUGACUAUGUUAACUCCUUGUGUCCUAGAACGUGCAAAGGUUCUUCAAGAAGGUUUCUACUUUCCCUGCCUCUGGAAGAGCGUAUCAAGAAGUUGCUUGUUGAGGAACCUGUAGCUCGUCGGUUCAGUGAUCUUAAGAAGUACUUCGCUCCUGAUCACACUGGGGAAGAACUUCUGGAUGUUCUUCAGAAGCAUGCUCAAUUACUGCUGGACUCUGGUCUCUGGGUUCCAAAAACUUUAUUGCUAUAUCCAUCCAAAGAUAUGAAAGAUAGAGAUCAUGUUGCUCGGCAGACAGCUAGAAAUUACGUCCUAAAUUUAUUUAGGAAGAACACUGUAAUCAGUAAUUCACAGUUGAACCUCCCACAAAACCAUAAAAAUCAUGUGUAUGAAUCCAUGAAAAUUUUAGCUGUCUCAAGACCUUCCUCUCAAGAUUGGAAAUUAAAAGAGAAGUCAGAUAAGUCUUUUAAAGAACUCUACCCAGACAUCUUUAAAAGCCAAGAACAGAACUGGGAAAGAAUGGAAGAAAAGUUGGCGAAUGCUUUUAAAGCUCAUACUGACCGUGGUGUGAAGAAUGCUUGUAUGACUAGUAAGCCUGGCAAGUCACUGAAUUCUGAUAAAGGUACGACAAAAAGUGCAAGUGAUGUACAGAUUGGGGGAAGAACCAUGUCAGAUGAAACUCGAGCAGCUUUACCAGAGGCUAUAAAGGAAGUUCUUCAAGAACACAAAGUUUGCAACUUUAGGCUCAUAUGUGAAGGAUUACGGAGGUUGGCAGUCAGAAAAUCUUCUCUUCCAAAGGUUGAUCCUAAAACUAAAAGGGUGAUUGAUGCAGCAUAUGGUGUUGAUGCUCCCCAACAUGAGUUGCAGAAAGUGAUAUGUCAAGUUGCAGCAGACAUACAUGGGUUAUAUGUCUUGAAAUCAUCGCCAGAGCACUCAGAGCAUGACAGAUUGAGGAAAGUUGUUAUUGAUCUACUAUGCACAAAAGGACCUGAUGCGAAGCUUAAAAGAGGUGAGGUUUUUGAAGCUGCCAAGAUUGCCCUUGAGAGGGACAUCAACACUAACGAAUACAACAAGGUCAUGAAUGAUUUUUGCGUGUUCAAGGGUUCUGCUUGGAUCUUAAAAAGCGGUGACGGCGGUCCGAACUAAUUUUGGAAACCUGAUGAUGGAUUUAUGACAAAAUUUUAACCGGUGGUUCAAGGAAUAGGGAGCUGCCAAAUUCAUUUUUUCUUUCUUUUUCAUGAAGUACAUCGUUGUGCAAUGUUAGUAAAUUUUGUUUUUUUUGGGAUUGCCAUGGCGGCCAAGGCCAAAACAAGAAAAAGAACGAUACACGCCAACUUGUACAAUGAUAGUUUUAUGCAGGCGCAUUUUCAACAUGUUAUCUUUGUUUCC